UUAUGUGACAUCAUUAUACUGCGACUGCCGGAAGAGACGUGGCAAAAUGUCCGCUUCUGAAAACAUUCGCAUUUUCUAGCUUUAGUUAUUUGUACAACCUUUUCCUUCAAACGAUAAAUCAUCGAGGAGAAAACGUGUGUGACAGCACGACAGACAGACCAUGGGUCUGUGCAAGUGUCCUAAGAGGAAGGUGACCAACCUGUUCUGCUUUGAACAUCGGGUGAAUGUGUGUGAGCAUUGCCUGGUCUCCAACCACAACAAGUGUAUAGUGCAGUCCUACCUCCAGUGGCUUCAGGAUAGUGAUUACAACCCUAACUGUCGACUGUGUAAUAACCCACUGAUCUCCCAGGAUACUGUCAGAUUGGUCUGCUAUGAUGUAUUCCACUGGGCCUGUCUUCAUCACCUGGCAGCCCGGUUGCCCCUACACACUGCUCCUGCAGGAUACCAGUGCCCCAGCUGCCAGGGUCCAGUGUUCCCCCCCUCCAACCUGGCCAGCCCAAUAGCUGACAUGUUGAGGGAACAGUUGUCCGUAGUCAACUGGGCCAGAGCUGGACUAGGCCUACCUCUGAUUGAAGAACCUGUAAAAGCUAUUCAAGACAGCACACAGGAUGUCACUGAUUAUGCUGACUGGUCCACGUUUGAUGCACCAGCAUUGGAGCCUACUGAAGCUUACCCCACCCACUCCUACGCCUCCCAACCACACCCUAGCCUCACCCCUACUCCAGUUCCAAACACAGUACAGGAAGAUCAUGGAAGUCUCCACAACAACGGGGAGAUGGUGGCUCAUGAACAACACUCUUUGGUCAACAUGAUCACUGCAACCACCAGUGACACCAUCACCCUACACACAGCAUCAUCCCCAAGGAAGAUCUAUGACACUAGGGACUCUGGACACAGCUCUGUGACACAGAUCGACUUUGAUGACGACAAGUACCGGCGACGACCAGCACUCAGCUGGUUUGCACGGAUUCUCAAAAACCGGGCGGGUUCCAAGAGGACAGGCCUGUCCUGGAAGCAGAGGGUCUUCAUGCUCCUUCUGGUCGGAGUUCUGGGAUUCUUUACCUUGAUCAUCAUUAUGGCUAAACUGGGCCGUGCUUCAGCCGACUCCGACCCCAACUUAGACCCCCUACUAAACCCCAACAUCCGAGUGGGCAACAACUGACCAGCACCCACCUCCAAGUCCUAGUGAGUGUUGAACAUGGGGCCGAUAUAGGCCAUCUAAGAUGGUGGGACCAGUAAAGGCAGAGAUACCUUCUCUCUCUCUCAGACAUGAAAGAAAAGAGGAUGGGAUGGUGCAUUUUGUCCUGGAAAUGAUGGCAAUCUUACACCCUUUUUCCUUCUUUGGGAUAGGCAGGUGCAGAUUUCCUAAGCAUCUACUUCUCAGAACUAAUAGGAUAUAUAACCGACUUGUGUGUGUACACACUUUCAAAUUUAUUAUUUACGUUGCUUUUAGAUGUACAAUGAAUUUAUAUAUAUUUUGAUCCACUCCACAUCAAAUGAGAUUGCAAUGUUGGAAUGAAUGGUGAUGGGGGAAACAGAUUCACAACAGAAAUACUGUAUUCUAUGACACACAUGGCUUUUUGCAACAUCUGCUAAGACACAUUUUUGAAGUGGGCAUCAAUAAGUUAAUUGACUGAGUGAUGUUUGUGUUGAAUUGGAAGAAUGCUACGUCUGACAUUCACACACUGUAUUGUAUGGUGAUUAAAUGAGUCUGUAAAUAUAGAAAUUGAAUGAGA